AUGGAUUACAUACGCAAAAAGAUGUUGAAGAUGUAUGGAGUUUACAAGAAGAAGAAUACUAGUAGUGCACAGAGUUCACAAGAAGCAGGAAAAGAUACUCUACCAGCUGGUUACAGUGGCUUUUAUGGAUUAUUCUCUCAACAAGCAGGAACAUGUAAAUCUGCUUUGGAUGUGUAUUUAAGUGAACCGGUGCUAGAUAUGGUAGCAUUUAAAAGCUUAGAUGCCAUCAAGUAUUGGAAGGACAAUUCAAACCAGUUUAAGAAGUUGUCUCAAAUGGCCUGUGAUGUCCUCUGCAUCUCAAUAAAAAUAGUGUCAUCUGAGUCAUCCUUCAGUGUGGGAAGUCGGGUUCUUAGCAAGUACAUGAGUUGCCUUCUUCCAUCAAAUGUUCAAGCUCUGAUCUUUGCAAGAAAUUGGCUUCGUGGUGAAUGUGAUUUAGAUGAGGAAGAUAAGGAACAUGGCUUAGAUGAGGAAGCAGAAGAAAGUGGAAGGAAGAAGACCCGACUCAAUUAA